AUGAAGGGCCUCAACAUCCUGGCAGUGACAGCCUUGGCCCUUCUCCUGGUGCUGUCCGUUCUGCAAACCUCCAGCGGUGCUCCACAGUCUGAGAAGAGGAACUGGACUCCCCAAGCUAUGCUCUAUCUGAAGGGCGCACAGGGCCACCGCUUCAUCUCUGACCAGAGCCGCAGGAAGGAGCUUGCAGACCGGCCGCCUCCAGAAAGACGAAACCCAAAUCUUCAACUGCUGACUCUCCCAGAGGCUGCAGCCCUGUUUCUGGCUUCGUUGGAAAAACCACAAAAAGGUGCAGAUAAAGGAGGGAAUUUUGAUAAAAGUGAACUCCUGGAAGACAGACUCUUGAACUGGUGA